AUGGGUGGAGACCCUGGAGGUGCUAUGGAGUCGGCGAAUCACCUCUGCCCCGCUCAGCGACCGGCACCGCCAGCUCCACUCCCCGGCAUCGACCUUGGGGAUUACGAGCCACUUUUCCUCCGACGCACCAUCCUCAACCCUCCCUCUCUCUCCCCCCUCCUUCGCCAUCUCAGCUGGGAGCCUAUCACCCCGUCUCUCUCUCUCAGUCUGCCUCUAUGUAUGCUCUGGGAGGCGGGGAAGCUUUCGAUGUUUCCCUCUUUUUCGACAGCUUUCAGUAUGGAUGAACCCCUCUCUAGACCUUCACCGCAUUGUCACGAUGUGCAAACGGUGCAGGGGCAAGCGGCGCCUACUUUGCCUCUCUGGUCACACUCUUGUCUAUCAUCCAUGACGGGACGAUUCUAG